AUGGCAAAAUUAACUUUGGAUGUUGCUAAAGAGAUUGCACGUAGCAGAGGAGGUGAAUGUAUCUCUGAAAGAUAUGUCAAUUGUCAGAUACCAAUGCUUUGGAAAUGUGCUAAGGAUCAUUUAUGGUCUGCAAGGCUUACUAGCACGGGAUCAUCGUGUAAAGAAGGCCAUAAAUGGAAGGCUUCAGCAAAGGAUAUUCUUAAGGGAACUUGGUGUCGAAGGUGUAGUAAACCAGGCAGAAAACGUGUUAUACCAAGCCGAAAGAUUAUCCCAGUACAAGAACAUAUUACACCAGAACAAGAAUGCACCCCAAUCCAAAGACAUAAUACACAGAACCGGAAACGUAGACAACGAUGA